UUUUGUUUUUUUUCUUCUUCAGGUGAACUCCUGAUGCUGUUUGAUGAUGAUUCAAUGGACGAAGUGAAACAAGACCGGCUUGUGAGAGCUGAGUUACUGUCUCGUCACAUGGACCCACAGCAAUAUCGAGAGUUCUGUGAAUCACGCCAAGUCAACUUCUCCCGUAAAUAUAAGUCCCAGCGUUUUAAAGACUGGCUCAUGUCUGGUGUGUGUGUUGAACCCAAGCCUAAUCCUUUAGCUCUUGAGAUGUUCAGUUACCUGGCUUACGAGACAAUUGCACAGUUGAUGGACCUGGCAUUGAUUGUCCAGAGAGAAGCAAUGGGCAGUUCGGCCGACCCCAUGGUUAAACACAUAGGCGGCUCUGCUGACCCGUUAGUAAAAAACAUACCCAACACGUGUAAUUUCUAUGAACCCUUCCAGGAGAACAUCAUCAACAAUAGUGGGUCUGGUUGUCAGCCUUCAGGACAGACGGGAACAAAGGGGACUGGACUUGUCUCCCCCAACCAAAAUGUUCCAGCCAACCAACUUGAACUGCAGACCUUCCAAGCCAUUACUCCAGCCGAUAUCCGAGAAGCACUUCGACGAUACAGUGAAAUGCCAGGUCCUUUUUCUGGAGCAGUUAAGCGAGUUGCUGGAUCUUCUCCAAGGAAUGUCCUUCUUUGUCUUUGAGGAAAGUCAUCUUCAAGAAUUGUCCUUCUGUGUCUUCAGCCAGUCAGAGAUCCUUCUUUUAUGUCUUGCCAAACAUACUAAGCUAAACUACAUCAUCAAACCGUCCUUUUCCAUAAUUUACCUGUCUACUGACUUACCUGCUCCCAUACAUACCCUAACCUACCAGCCUAGUUUCCUACCUAUCUCCCCAUCUUUCUAUCUACGUACCUACCUAUCUACCUUCCUACCCAUCUUUCUCUCUAUCUACGUACGUACCUACCUGUCUCUCUAUCUAUCUCCCCAUCUUUCUUUCUCUCUCUCUAUCUAUCUACGUACCUACCUAUUCCCCCUUCUCUCUAUCUAAUAUGAAAAAAAUGUUGUAUAGGACUUGAAAAGGGGACAUAUAAACACACACAGAAACAGUAAACAUUAUGUGCAACAACAAAAGACACUACCUACCUACUUCUCUCCUCACCUGCCAAUCUACUAGUCAACCUCACCUGUCUACCUAACCAUCCGUUCACUCAUGGGUGGCUGUAUACGACUGUGUGAGGGAGAGAGUAUCAAUAUAUUUAUGAGACAAUAUGUAUGUGUGCGUAUGCACGUUUGCAUAAUGUACAAGUGUGUGUAUGUAUAACAAACACUGCGUAUAUGUACAACAUCAGCUGACCACUCACCAAAUGACCAACACCUCUGACUGGAAUGAGUAGACAAGGAGUUCUUCAUAUGUAAAUAUGUGUCGUGUGAACUGUUGUAUGAAUAAAGACAUUUUGUAUCUUG